UUUGGGGUCACUUUGCGGAACCUGCGGGUGCGUUGAAUGGGAAGAGGGUGCACGGUGGUGGUCGCGGCUGACGGAAGGAGGGGGGGCGGACUCCUUCAGCUUGGGGCGUCCGGCUUGGCCGAGAGCUGACUUCUCAGUCAGGCGAGAGUUUGAAGUUGUAGUGAAGACAAAUCUUCGAGCUGGAAUCCCUCAAAUAACCUUCGACGAUGAAGGCAGCGGAUGAGCCUGCCUAUCUAACAGUGGGGACCGACGUCAGUGCUAAAUACCGGGGUGCCUUCUGCGAGGCGAAGAUUAAAACCGUGAAACGGUUGGUGAAAGUCAAGGUGACUCUGAAACAAGACAACUCUAGACAACUGGUGCAGGAUGACCAAGUUAAAGGGCCAUUAAGGGUUGGAGCUACAGUUGAAAUGAAAGCACCUGACGGAUCCGUCCAGGAAGCCGUUAUAAGUAAGCUGACAGAUGCUAGCUGGUAUACUGUGGUUUUUGAUGAUGGUGAUGAAAGGACUUUGAGACGGACAUCGUUGUGUUUGAAGGGGGAAAGGCACUUUGCGGAGAGUGAGACUUUGGACCAACUUCCAUUAACCAAUCCCGAACAUUUUGGCACGCCUGUCAUUGGGAAAAAAACCAACAGGGGAAGAAGGACGUCUCUUCCAAUGACAGAAGAUGAGAAAGAAGAAAGCAGCAGCGAAGAGGAGGAUAAUGAUUUAAAACGUUUUGGGGAUGAAUUAUUGGGAAAAGUCGUGAGUGUGAACUGCAGCACAACCAAGGAAUGCUAUACUGCGGUGGUUGUUUGUCCCAGCUGCAAUGAGGAUACAUCACUGAAAAAAGACCAAUGCUUGGUUCGAUCCUUUGUGGAUGCAAAAUUCCAUUCGGUAGCAAGGAAAGAUAUCGAAGAGCUUGACAUGAAUGCACUGAAAUCGGAGAGCCCUGCAAAGCCAGGUAUAGAGGAAGCCAUGGCUUUUUUCAAGUCCCGGACAGUACCCAGCAGUUGGAAGAUGGACAUGAGUGAAAUAUUGGAGUCUUCCAGCAGUGAUGAAGAGGAUGGGGAUGCAGAGGCUAGCGAUGGCGAGCAGAACAAAGAGGAAGAGGAAGAAGCUGAGAUUUGCCAUGGAUAUUUUUGGGAUCCUAAACCCUCCCUGUAUAACGGCAGGCUGCCAGAGGAAGAAGCAGACCCAAUUGAAAGGGACAACUUCCUGCAGCAGCUUUACAAGUUUAUGGAAGACAGAGGAUCCCCAAUCAACAAGCCGCCAGUAUUGGGUUACAAGGAUUUAAACCUCUUCAAGCUUUUUCGACUUGUGUAUCAGCAGGGGGGUUGUGACAAAAUUGAAAGCGGCCCUGUAUGGAAGCAGAUUUAUAUGGACCUUGGCAUUCCUAUUUUGAAUUCGGCAGCGUCUUACAAUGUAAAAACAGCAUACAAAAAGUAUUUGUAUCGGUUUGAGGAAUAUUGCCGUUCCUUAGAAAUUCAGUUCAGGACUAUUCACCAUAAUGACCCUAGACCUAUAGAGGAAAGCCCGGCACAGGAAGAACCAAUGGAGAAUAGUGACAAGAAAGAAGAUGCAGACCCCCCAGUCAACGCAAAGAUUAAGGAGGAUGAUAAUGAUGAUGAUGAUGAUGACACCGAUUCUACCAGUGAGAAUGAGAAGGAAGAGACUGAAGUCAUAUCGCCAAGGGGGAGGCGAAGGCCCGCUUGUAAUGCAGUUUCAGUCACAAAAGAUCCUGAAGAUUGUGACCAAAGAAAGGACAACGACAAGGAAAAUAAAGAUGUGGAAGAGGAGCUGGAUGAAAGCGAUGAGAAGAAGGAAAAUGAUGCUUCUCCAGGAAGGAGAAGCCUAUCCUGCAAAUCAAAAGACAGGAGAAGCCAGAAACAAGAGGAGUCUGAUCAGGAGUCUGAUGAGGAGGAGGAUGACCAUCUCUGUGAUGGAGGAGACGAUACAGACCACAAAGGAGACAGCGAAGGAGACGACGACUCGGAGGAUAAAGACUAUCUCGCAGGCACCAAAGUGAAAGUCAAAUAUGGACGUGGGAAAACCCAGAAAAUCUAUGAAGCCAAUAUCAAGAGCACCGAGGUAGACGGAGGAGAGUUGCUGUACCUGGUGCACUAUUAUGGCUGGAAUGUAAGAUAUGAUGAAUGGGUAAAAGCCGACCGAAUCAUCUGGCCUACGGAGAAAGUUGGAACAAAAAGAAAGCAAAAGAAAAAAACAAAAAAUAAAGAUGAAAAUGAGGAAAAGAAGGACGAUGAGAGAAACAAAAUAAAGCGAGGACGCCCUCCCUUAAAAUCAACCCUGCAGACUAAUGUGUCUUGUGCCAUGCCCAAGACACCCAAUAGUGAGAGUAAAACAGCCAAUAAAAAUGUGAGGCACAGCCUGCCCGACGGUAAUUUCUUGUCAAAUGGAGUAGAAGCUCGUAGGAGGACGAGAAGGAACUCGGGAAUGUACGAUUCAGAUAGAUGCUCGAAUGAUUCAUCAACAUCAGAAAGCGAUUCGGAGGAAGCUAUCGAAAAGACACCUGUGAAGGAGGAGGUUUUACCAAUGGUCGAAAAGGAGCCUGAGCAAACUGAUAACGUGGUUGAGAAUAUUAUUGAGGAGGAAGAAGAAGAAGAAGAAGAAGUCAUCACUCCAGUUGUUUGCCCUGUGAAAGAUCAGGAAACGAGCCCUAUAAAGCCAGCAGAGACCUUACAGCAAGAGGUGGAAGAAAGUGAACAAAUUGUGCAGAGUUACGGGAAGCAAACAGAACAAAUUGUUGAGGUCAAGGAGACAGAAAAUCUGCCAAAAAAAGGCAGAAGAAGCAAAACAAAAGAGCCUUGUCCGGAGACCGUAAAAAGUGUUUCGGUGCCUGCAGAAGAAGACUGUGAGCCGGAACCCAAGGUAGAACCCAGAAUAGAACCUGAAGCCUUAGACUUUACUCCGUUCGCCUCGUUACAAUGUAAGGAGUUGCUGUUUGUUCCAAAUGAGUUAGAACUUCCUAAUGAUCAACAGACGAAGGAGAAGAAAGCUUGUAAAAGAAAACCUGUGGAGCAGACAUCCCCAGAAAAAAAGCUGCGCACGGAGUGCGAGCCAGAGUUGCCCAUUAUUACUGUGGAGGAGAAACCAGUAGAAAGCUGCGAAGCUCUGGAACCCAUCUGCAUCAUUAAGGAAGAGCAGGUCCAGAAUACCAACGAGGAAAUGCCCUCCUUAACGGCGGAGCUAGAACACGUGCAGAGCACUAGGACUGAGGACUACGACAUGCCGCUGAAUGACAUCGCAAGGAUUUCAUAUAAAGAAGAGCAAGAGGACAUCAUGCCCAUGAUUGGACCAGAAACUUUAGUUUGUCAUGAAGUGGACUUGGAUGAUUUUGAUGAAAAGGACAAGGUGGAGGACAUGGUCAUAGUGAAGCCAGAGCCAGAAGCACAGACUGUCCUUGCCCCCACCCUGCAGCCCGCUGUCCUGCCACCUCAAACUUAUUCUGAGCCUUCGCCCCUUGCCUUGAGCCACGAUGAGUCUCACAGCAUAAAGAGCGAGAGUGACAUAACCAUUGAAGUGGACAGUGUGGCGGAAGAAUCGCAGGAAGGCCUUUGUGAGAGUGAAUCAGCUAAUGGUUUUGAAGCCAGCACCACAUCCAGCAACUGCAGCAUAGCCGCCCAAGAAGCAGAGAUGCGGGACAAAGGCCAUAAACGGAUUAGUGACAGCAACAUGGGAGCACUAGCAAAGAAACAGAAGCGUACACCAAAGCGAAUCAAUACUUCAUUGAAAACGGAGAAGAAUGGGAUAGGGCAAAGCAGCGACAGUGAAGACCUUUCUGCUGUGGACAGCGCCAGUAAAUGUUCUCCAGGUAAACAUGUAAAUGUUCCCAAGCCUCAAAAGAUCAUGAGAUCACCAGCAAGAAUCACGUCUCCGCAUACAAAAGAUAUAGAAAAGGAUAAGCAUCGAGAGAAACACCAGCACUCCUCAAGAACGUACAAGUGGACGUUACAGCUCAGUGAGUUGGAUAACAUGACUGGAGCAGAUAAGAUUGUUUUCCUGCAAGACAAGUUGCAAGAAAUCAGGAAAUACUACAUGUCUUUGAAAUCUGAAGUAGCUACAAUAGACAGGAGGCGGAAGCGGUUAAAAAAGAAAGAUCGGGAAGUGUCCAAUACAGGAGCUUCAACAUCAUCUGCGUCCUCGGAGACUGGAAUGAGUCCUUCGUCGUCUUCUCCCCCACAGAAUACACUUGCUCUAGAGUGCAGGUGAUAUGCGCCCUCACUUCCGGCUCAGCUGCCAUGGACACUUAUCCUCCCUUCCCCCUUUAAUCCCACCACACAAAAGCACUCAACCAGUUUGACAUUGCCAAGUAGUUUUUUUUUUUUGUUUGUUUUUUUGUUUCUGAACUUUCCUCUGCUGGAUUGCUUUUUUAUUAUUUCCAUGUCAUGUGUCUUUUCUUUUGAAAUAAGAUUAUGAUUUAGGAAUAGGAGACUAGCAGUCAGCGUGCCACGAUGGCUUCUUAUUUUGUUCAACCUGAAGACAUGAUUAUAUAUUUUUUUUUAUUUUUAUUUUUUUUUGUUAGAAAAUUGACAAAAUGUCUGAAUAAAAUUUUCAAGGAGCUCCCAGAAAAGGGAUAUAUCCCCGCUACCCCACUCCUGCCCAGUAUAAAAAUAAAAUUAAACAAGUGCAUACAACGAACCUCAGCGAGCUACUAAAGAUCCGAUCCUGGCAGCUGCACUUUACGACAAAGCUGCAAAUUAGCUCCUGAAGUUUUAUUUUUUACAGGCCGUGUUUUCGGAAGCACUUGCAAAUGUACAGAACUGCCAAAGUCCAAUGUAUUCAGCAGAGUGCCCAGUUUUAAAGCUGUAAGUAAGCGAGACAAAAUGAAUUGUGAAAGGGAAUGUAGUGGACUGAAAACUACAUGAAGAGAAAAUAGUCUUCCACUUUUUACAGGAAUUUAGAGCACAGAAUUAUGCAACUAUUUUAAAUGUCUAUUAAUGUUUACAGUGGAAUUGUGAAUAGGUUUUCAGUGGACUAUCUUACCCCUUGACAAAUCUAUUUUGUCUUUUUUUCUAUGUAAUUUCAGAGUUUUUAUUUUGUUACAAAAACAGACAAAAAAAGAAAAUAUAUGACAACAGCGAAGUUAUUUAACAAGAUUUCUAAAGCUGAAAUUUUUUUUUGUGUAAAAUAAGGUAUUAUCUUGCAACCUGUUAAAUAUAUUUAUUCAGACAUUGGAUGUUGUAUUUUUAUGUAUUUUUUAAAAUAUUAAUAAAUAAAUAAAAAAAUAAAUAAGAGAAGGAUCUAGCUUAGUUCUCUCUUCCAAUACACCUAUAGCUCUUGGCCAGGUUUACACAGAGUUUUUUAUAUAUAUAUAUAUUAAAGUGCAUCUGUCAGCAGAUUUGUCCCUAUGACACUGCCUGACCUGUUACAUGUGCCUUGGGCAGCUGAAGACAUCUGUGUUGGUCCC